GCGCGAUAAGCUGGCAUUGAAGCAAACGCGUGACGUGCUACGCGUAUAAUCCACCGCGUGUUCGGAAAGCCUGAAUUCAAAGAUUUCCACGUGGGACUGCGCUGACAAAAGUGAAUCAUUGUCAUCGAUCACAAGUGGCUCGGUCGGACUAGUAAAAUUUUCAAAAGCAAAGUGAAAAGAGUUUUAUCAAGUUUUCGUCCCGUUGAAUCUUCCAUCUCCAAACUUCAAAAUCAAUUCUUUCUUGAUCUGAACUUUCUGGGUCGCUUUUCUUUACGCCAUGGAAUCCAAAAACCCUGCGAGGUUUACGCUGGGGAAGCAGUCAUCGCUUGCCCCAGAACGCCAUAACGAAGGAGCGGAGCCUCAAAACGAAGAAGGAGACGCUGUUGAUCAGGGUGUGAGGUUGAUGUACUCGGCGUUCGAAGGGGAUGUGGAUGGUAUUCGCGAGGUGUUGGAGUCUGGUGUGAGUGUGAAUUACAAGGAUAUUGAUUAUCGCACUGCUCUUCAUGUCGCAUCAUGUGAGGGCUUCACUGAUGUCGCUGAUUUGUUACUCCAAAAAGGUGCUGAAGUUGAUGCUAAAGAUCGAUGGGGGAGCACGCCACUUGCUGAUGCUAUUUGUUAUAAAAGAAAUGACGUGAUCAAACUAUUGGAGAAGCAUGGAGCAAAGCCACUGAUGGCCCCUAUGCAUGUUAAUCAUGCACGUGAAGUCCCAGAGUAUGAAAUAAAUCCUGAAGAGCUCGAUUUUACCAACAGUGUGGAGAUAACGAAGGGGACUUUCUGUAGUGCAUUGUGGCGUGGAACAGAGGUUGCAGUAAAAAAGCUUGGGGAGGAAGUAAUUAGUGAUGAGGAGAAAGUGAAGGCUUUCAGAGAUGAACUUGCCUUGUUCCAGAAGAUCCGGCAUCCAAAUGUCAUCCAAUUUCUGGGUGCUGUGACUCAGAGCAGUCCAAUGAUGAUUGUGACAGAAUAUCUUCCCAAGGGAGAUCUUCGUGAUUUCUUGAAAAGAAAGGGAGCUUUGAAACCAUCUACAGCUGUGAGAUUUGUACUUGAUAUUGCUAGGGGAGUGGGUUAUUUGCAUGAAAAUAAGCCAUCACCCAUUAUUCACCGUGAUCUUGAACCUUCUAAUAUAUUGCGGGAUGAUUCUGGGCACCUAAAAGUUGCAGACUUUGGGGUUAGCAAGUUGCUGGCCGUUAAAGAAGACAAGCCUCUAACAUGCCAAGAAACUUCCUGCCGGUAUGUGGCUCCGGAAGUUUUCAAACAAGAAGAAUAUGACACCAAAGUGGAUGUAUUUUCAUUUGCACUAAUUCUACAAGAGAUGAUUGAAGGCUGCCCUCCUUUUUCUGCAAAGCAAGAAAAUGAAGUUCCUAAGGUGUAUGCUGCCAAAGAGCGUCCACCUUUUCGAGCUCCAUCCAAGCAUUACUCCCAUGGAAUUAGAGAAUUGAUUGAGGAGUGCUGGAAUGAAAAUCCAGCUAUGAGGCCAACAUUCAGGCAAAUUAUAACAAGGCUGGAGUUCAUCUACAACACAAUCGGUCAAAAAAGACGUUGGAAGGUUAGGCCAUUGAAAUGUUUCCAAAAUCUGGAAGCCUUGUUAAAGAGAGAUCAUUCAAAUGGAAGCAGUCGUGGUUCAUCUCGCUCUAAAUCCAGCAGAAUAUGAAGAACACUGGUCUUCUCCUGUAACUUCAAACAUUGACGUAAAGAUGAAGAAUAACAAACAAAUUUGAUUUCUGAGUUGGAGCUUUGCAAAUCUUUCUCGUGUGUAUUUUUCAAGAUUCUUCAUGCUUCUCCAUUAUCUCUUUCCAAUUACAUUGUGUCUGAUAUAUAUAUAUAUAUAUAUAUAUAUAUAUAUAUAUAUAUAUAUAUAUAUAUAUAUAUAUAGAAUUGUAGUAACAUAAACACAUUCUAGGAACUUGCUCCUUGACAUGUACAUUAUGUAUUGUAUUAUGUACCAAUACAUUUGUUAUGUAAUUUUUGGUUCUCACUGCAGAACCAAAAACGCAAAGAUGAUAAAUGAUAAAUAAAUACUACUUUUGUUUUUGUUAUAUAUAAAAA